AUGGACUCACACACCCGCUCAUCGCCCUCGCCGCUCUUUGUCCGCCAGAACAGCCGCUCUCCGCAGCGCCGUGCCACUCCGCCAAAUCCUAAUCCCCGUCUCACUCUACCCCUCCCCGUACCUCUGCCCGCGAUACCGCCUCACUUUCCAAGAGAUGGCUACGACUACCGCCGUCCAGUCUCGUCGGCUCGCUCGAGCACCUCGGCCAACAAUGUCAUCGACCUGACAUCCGACGAUGAUUCUACCGCUCCUGGAAAUGCUCCCGUACCGCAACCGCAACCGCAACCCACUGCUGCACCCGUACCCUUGCCUCGCUUUGGAAGAGAGAUUAUAGACUUGUCUGCAGACAUCAGCCCGGUCCAACCCACCCAUACCCGUCACGCGAGGACAUCAUCAAGUCCCGAGGUGCAAUUUGUUUCCAGCAGACCUCGAUCACGCACCGAUCAACGUGCUCAACCUCUUCCUUCCUUGGACCAGCACCCCGAACAUCGCCGUCAUGCUCCAGAGCUGGUUCUUGACGAUCCAGAGGACGACGUCAUCAUUGCAGGAGAACGUACUGGUGUCAAUCUGCUAGGUCCCUUGGGUGCACAUAGGAGGUAUGGCGGGUUGGUCCAAAGAUUAUUCGACGGAGGAGCCCGCAUUCCAGGUCCCGUCCGAGCCGCAGUUACCACUAUUAUGCGUGGGGGUCCGAUGCCACACUUUUUCGGGGCCGCGAACGACGAUGGCGACAAUUCUCGUGCCGCCAAUAUUCUGGGCAUGGCUGGCAUGCCGGGCUUCAUGAACUACGACACUGUUGGUUUUGAUCUUCUCGGGAACGCCGACGACCAUAUACAACUACCCGUACCAAAGUUUGAUCCGCCACCCNCUGCGCCAGAAGGUUUCACUAGGGAUCCAACCGAGGAAGAUACGAUAGUUUGCCCGAACUGCGAAGACGAGUUGGCUGUUGGCGAGAGCGAGGAAAAGCGUCAAGUCUGGGUCGUCAAAGGAUGCGGUCAUGUAAGCUAUGACAUGCCGAAGCAACAUCUAGAAAAACCACUAACAAAUAUUCUAGNNGUCUACUGCGGUGCAUGCAUGAAUAAUCGCAAAAGAAAGACCAACAGAGGAACCAAAGGAAAAGGAAGGGCAGACGAACCGGUGCUACCACCGCCGUUCUCGACGUGCCAGGCCGAUGAUUGCGGUAUUCGCGUCUCUCAUAAGAAUGAUGUGAUGCAAAUCUUCCUUUGA